UAAAAAAUAAUACGUCAUGACUAACGCAGCCAGACGAAACAUUACCGUUUCAGAGGUUGAAUUAGAUCGUAAGAAUGUGAUUGGUCGAAGCAGAAAAGCCAUCAUUUUUGGGGGUACGUUUGGAGGCAGUAUUCAAGUGGCCAUAAAGCGAGUGAUGACUUCAGAUUUGCAUUCUUACUGGGAAAAGAGAACACUUGACGAGUGUUUCAACAAACUAGCAGCAUUAGAUCAUCCAAACGUUGUAAAAAUGAUAGGUAUCUACGAUGACGACAACUUUCGGUAUCACGUCAUGGACUUGUGCAUUGCAAGUGUUUUUGAUUACUGCUGCAACACGUACAAGGGAGAAGUGCCUAGCCAAGCGGAUGGCCUUUUCCAGAUGAUCAGCGGAUUACAUUAUAUCCAUUCACAGGGAUUCAUUCAUCGUAGUAUCAAGCCAGAAAACGCUCUCAUUUCACUGUCGAUUCAAAUUAAAAUAUCAGAUUUCGGAUUGACAAUGCCCAUAUCCGCUAGCGCUAGUUUCUCCAUGAGUAGUAGUCAGAAGACGUCGCUGGAAAUGCAAGCACCUGAAAUCCUUCAAAGUGAUGAUGAGGAUUCCAGUGUAGAGAAAAGUGAUGCCAGACAUAAUGUAGCCAGCGAUACGUUCUCGCUCGGGUGUCUGUUGUACAGUUUUCUAACUAAAGGAGAUCAUCCUUUCCUCAGUGGAGGAUCGCGGCAUUUUGUCGCUCUCAACAUCAUCGAAGGGAAAUACAACUUGGCUUCUUUAGGAGAACAACAUUUUGCUGUGGCCAUCAUCGAAAACAUGAUCAAAAGAGAACCACAUGAACGAAUGAAAUUGGAUGAGGCGUUAACGUUGCUAAAGCCCCAUAUUUCUCGUGCUUAAAUAAUUUUUCGUUGCUAGUUAAAUUUGUGGACUUGCAUUAUUUGCAAAUACAUUUUUAUAAUGAA